ACGCGGAUUUUCACGGUCAACAGAAAUGGCGAUGGAUCAGCAACAAAUGUACAACCAGGCAUAUGGCGAUGCAUUACGUACGAAUGAAAACGAAACUCAGCGAUGGAGCGCGUACCGGCAGGAACAUCUGGAUCUGAAAGAAAACCUCAAAAUGUAUCAAAAAACACCCCGUGCCGAUAUUCUCAUCCCCAUGGGCACGAAGGCACUUCUCCCUGGUCAGCUCUACCACACGGGCGAGGUGCUCGUCAGCCACGGUGGUGGAUAUUUUACCGAAUGUACAUCGGAACAGGCACGAUCGAUUGCCGAUCGCCGGGUGCAGCUAGCGGAUGAGAUGCUCCAGAAGUAUGACCGCGAGCGAACACUGUACAGUGAUAAACUUGAAGUGCCCUUCAUCAAUGAAGCGUUCGCCCAAGGUGGACGUGAGAUUAUUGAGCCAUACGAUGAGCAGACGGAGGAACGGUGGCGAGCAGAGCAUCGGCGUCGUGUUCGGGAAACCAAGCAAAGGGAGGCAGUCGAUAGGAAAAAGAAGGAUCAGGAUGAUAGGGACCUUUUUGAAAAGCUAGAAGAAAUGGAACUGCUGGAAGAGUUGGAAAAUGAAAUGGAGCAACUGGACAUGCCGGAAGACGACGAUGAUCAGCUGGGGCGUUUGAUGCGUGGAGAAAUUCGUUUGAACAGCAAACUAAGAACCGCUCAUCGUUCAGUACCGGCAGCCGAAAACGAUACCAUAGAUAUUAGAAAGCCAACCAAGGAAAGUCCUACGGAAGGUGAGCAAAAUACCACGACAGAAGACGAGGAAAAUGGGAAAAUUUCGGACGAAGAUCUAGUAACUACUGACGAUGAGUCAGUGGAUGGUCAAGGCGAGGAAGAUAUUUCGCCAGAGUUCUCGCAGUUACUGAACGAAACAAAAAUGCUAGCCAAGGAGGAGAAAAUCAAAAUCUUCCAAGCAAAACAGAAAGACGUUCGCAAACGUUUGUAUCAGAACUCUAUUACUAUCACCGAAAAAGUGGAUCUGUAUCAGUUGUACGAGGAGCUAGAGGAGGCCCUGGAUUUCCUUCGGGCCGGUCAAGAAACUGAUGAAGCCAUCGACGACGAGCAGGAGGAGGAGGAAACAAAAUCGGAUCAAGAACCAACGGCAAACUAUACGGAGAAACAGCGCAGGAAGAUAUCGUUUGCUGAACACGACGAGAUCAAACUGAUAGAAAAUUGGCAGGGUUUGAGGAUCACUGACAAGCUACCUACAGGCAACACCGAAAAGACAGUCUUUUUGCCCAUCGUACACUCAGCGGAAACACUUUCCAAUGAAUACCGCAACGAAGCACAGGAAGAUGAAAUCAUCUGUCCGGCGGACAUCUUCCGUAAGGAAAUGGAACGGAGAGAAACUCCCGUGGAACUUAGAUCGAUUUUGAAGAACAAACAUUUUGUAGAAAAAGAAUCCCACAGUGCCAACGAAUCAUUCGGUAAAACCGGCGUUAAACGCAUGGUCAAAGAGACAAGAAUGAAAGAUACGAUGCAGGACGACAUAUUGGGAGAAAUCGUGGAACAUAAAAUUGAACCGGAAAGUACUAGUGCUGUCACUGAUUUACCUCCACAACCCAAGAAGAAAGUAAGUCGCUUUAAGCAGCAGCGACAUUAAGAUAGAUUCAUGUUAUGUUUAGUUCAUAAAUAAAUUGUAUAAUAGGGUAAAAUAUAUCUUGUAUCUUUUUGAUUCUCAUGCCAAACGCAAAAAACGUCGUUUCG